UUUACUGCGCAUGUGUGAAAGUCUGUAUUUAACUGUCGAGCGGGCUGAUUCAAAAUACAACGUUAACCAAGAUGUCUUUGAUAUCUGCGCUGCAGUUUCUGAGGUUAAAUGAAAUUCCCGAAGCCUGGGUGGAUGCAGUGUGGGACUUGGAGUUCACAGAGAGAGAACCACUGGAUGACACCAUAGAGGACGAACUCGCAGUCAGUGGAGACAAGGCCUUCAGAACUUUGUACCAGUGUUUACUUGCUCAUGCUGCUGACCAACAAGAUGGAGCUUCACAGAGCAUCUGGGCGAUUCUGGGGGAGAACGAGGUGUCGAUCAAGUCCCUGGUGGCCGUGCUGUCCUUCUUUGUCCUGGCGGGAAAAGCCAAAACGGCCAAUGUCCAGCAGAGGGUGAGCAGUCUGCAUGCAGCAUCACUCUACCUGCUGCUGCUGGGAAUCCCAGGGAGCAUCGCCACCAAGGUUUUCCAUGAGGUUUUGCUGGAUACGUGUUCAGACUUGACCUCUUACUGCUGGCCUCAGGACUCUGGAAAGAAGCGGAAGAAGGAUGGCCUGAAGAGCUCUCAGGCGGAUGGCAAACGCUCCAAACCACAGCGUAAAGGAACUUCAGAGAUGGAAGUAGAUGAGUCAGAGGAAGAGGAGGAGGAAGAGGAGCUUCAUUUCUCAGCCCAGGAUUUGGUAAAGAUCAGAAACGCUGUGGUUCUCCUGGUUCAAAGCCUCAUCCAACUCCUGCAGACAUUUCCGCUCAAAGACAGACCACAGAGCGUCGGCAACUUCACGCAGAUCUUUAGCAAGCUGCUUUACUUUGAGCCAGUUAUCGGAGAGAUGACCUUUGCGGCUCCAUGGGAUAUCACCAAGCUGAGGAGUGUUCCAGAGAUGGCUUUCUACGGCCUGCAGCUGCUCUGCUCGCCAAAACACGGCGACAAGAAAGAAUCCCUGCAGAGGGUCUUUCACCGGCUUCUCUACGUGAUCCUGAUGAUGAAUAAAGCCAACAAAGGGAAACCCUCCCUCCUCGUACCCAGCCAGGCCAUCCUCUCCACCCGUGACCAGGCCAUCCGUUUUGUUUGUCAUCUUGUGGAGCAGCAGAAAGAGUUGGCGCUGCCUGUCUUGCAAAUCCUCCUGCAGCAUAUCUGCUUCCAGAUGGUGGAGAAGAGCGAGUUUCGAAGCUAUGGAUCCCAAGCUGUUGGGAUGUUGACGUCCCAGAUGGAAAGUACAGACUAUGCCAGCUUCAUUAAGUGGCUGUUUAUCUUCUCCAGAAGCUCAAAGAUGGUGUGCCGGCUGUUUUCCGUGGACGUAGUGAUGGUUUUGCUGGAGCAGCCAGAGAGGAGGCCGGAGGAGUGUCAGGACCCGGAGCUCUCCUGCUUCCUGCCUCACAAGUUCCUGAUCCAGAACCUGCUGUUCGCUCGGCGGAUGGACGACUCGCCCACAGUCCAAGGCCACGCCCUGGCCUGCCUCGCCAAAUGUCUGGAGCUGCCCUCGCUCAACGUCACCUGGGCAGUCCACAACCUCUUCUCUGCCACUGGAACCCAGACAGUGUUUGAAGGCGAAAUCACAGAAGGAAGCCUUAGUUCCCAGCAGACUCAAAAAACCUACCGCACUCUGCCGUUUAGGACUGUGGAGAUUAGCAGCACAGACGGCUCCGACUGUGACGCAAAAGAGAACCUGGCUCUCCUCCUGCGGCGGGUAAAAGACUCAAAGACGAAUGUGAGAAAAUCGGCGUUGCAGACGCUAGUGGGUCUCCUGAAACAUAACGUGAUCACUUUGAGCUGGGAGAACCUGGCUACACUGUCGGAGCGCUGUAGGGACCCGGCCUUGUCUGUGAAGAAGAAGGCCCUGCAGUGCAUAGGAGAGCUGCUCGCUGCUAAACCAGAGUGCAGCGUGGUGCAGAAGGCGUGGCUGCAGGGUGUGCUACCGGCUGUGGUGGACUCGGAGAACUCGGUGCAGGACAAGGCCCUGGAGGCUCUGGACCAGGUGCUGCUCAGCCAGGUCAAACCGUACUCUGCCAGCCGCCACCUGGAUGCCAGUCGGAGGCUGACCUGGGACCUGCUGGGCCUGCUCUGCAACGAGUGCCGGAACCUCAGCCGGUAUUUCAGCAGGGCCUUCACCAUCUGGUCCAAACAGAACAAGUUCACACAGACGCUCAUCACCAACCUGAUCUCGCACACUGAGGCCAAUCACGCUGCCGGGGCCUGGCUGCUGCUCUCCAAGGUUGUCUCCUCGUCCCCCAGAUUGCCCUACGGGAAGAUCCUGGACGCCUGGGACAGCAUGGUCGGUUCAAAGGACGUAACUGCGACAACCUGCUGUCACAUUCUGUGUGUGAUGGGAGACAUUGCUGUGCAUUUGAAUGAAGACACCAAGGAUAGGAUAGUUGUUGAUCUGAUGUCUUGGUUAAAGACUUUUACUUUGUCUCUGGAGGUGAUCUGUGCUGCCGUGGAGACUCUUUAUCAACUCGGCCGCAGCGAAGAUGUCAAACAGACUCAGGCUUUUCUGAACCAGCACUGUGGUGAGCUGGUGUCGGUGUGUGAGGCUUAUUUAGCUGGCAUCAUCCUGAGAGAAAAGGGAGCCCAGAACCUCAAUGAGGAGCUGAUGGUGAAACACCUCCACACUUUGGGUGUGGCGUCACUCCACUGUCCCGCCAAGGUCGGCAAAAGGACGGUGCUGCUUGUGGAGUCCGUCCUGACAACACAUUCUGACAAAUUGGCUGAGUGCCAGGAGGAGCUGCCAGCAUCGCUGCCUCUGUCCCAGUUUAAAGCAAACUCUCUGCCUAGCAAAGUGAGAGCCCAUGGAGUCAUCACUUUAGGUAAACUGUGUCUGCAGCACGAGGAACUCGUCCAGAAGUGUCUGCCGGUGUUUGCCAGGGAGCUGGAGGUUGGUACGGAGGUUGCUGUGCGCAACAAUGUGGUUGUGAUUAUGUGUGAUCUGUGCGUUCGAUACACCAACAUUGUGGAUCACUAUAUCCCCAACAUCUCCGCUUGUCUGAGAGACAGUGAAGCUGUCAUCCGGGAGCAGACUCUCAUCAUGCUGACCAACCUGUUGCAGGAGGAAUUUGUGAAAUGGAAGGGCUCCCUCUUCUUUCGCUUCAUGGUGGCGUUGGUCGACCCGGUCCCUGCCAUCGCCAGUCUGUGCGAAUACUGCCUGCUCCACCUGCUGCUGAAGAAGAACCCAGAAAUGUUCAGCCAGCACUUCAUCGAGUGCAUCUUUCACUUCAGCUCGUACAACAAACACAAGUCCUACAACAAGUUCCCUCAAAGUGAGAGAGAAAAGGUUCAGUUCUCCCUGAAAGGAGCUCAGCACCGCGAGAAGCGUUUUCGGAUCUACCGCUUCCUGUUGGAGCACUUCACAGACGCCCAGCGCUUUAACAUCACUGUCAAGAUCAACCAGACCAUCUUAGCAUGCUUUGCGGACGAGGAACUGCCCUUGGAUGCGGAUGGAGCUGAAAUUUUGUCAGAUACUUUCAACAUCUUGAGUCUGAAGGAGAUGAAGCUGCAGGCCAUAUCUACUCCAGCAGGAAGCGCCGCAGGGGAGGAACCUGAGGAAGAGAACAUGACCACCAUGGCGAAGGCUGUCCUGCAGGUUGCACAGAAGAAGGUGGUGUCUCAGGUCCAGAAGAAGGCCUUCAUAGAGAACACAGUUCCUCUCAUCAUCGGACUGAAGAGCCUGCUGGAGGAGAAACGUUCUCUUGUCCUCGGAGACCUCAUGGCCUACCUUCAGGUGACGAUGCAGGAAUACCGUAACGAGGUGAAGGAGUUUUUCUCUGGAGACGAGCAGCUGGCGGCUGAGCUGGAGUUUGCUCUGAAGACUGCUGCGAAGGAGAUAAAGAUGGUGGAACAGAUGGACAACUGCAGUUUGACAGGAGACGCCAGGACUCCCACUGCACAGGUCAGAAAUCUCAGAAUCUACAAUGAACACAAAGUUUUAGAUACUGAGUGCAACUUUAAAAUAAACUUGUAUACAAAUACAAUAAGUGCUAAGUGGAAGGCUCAGUGUAGUACUUCUUGAAGAGG